AUGAUCGCUGCCCAAGAGGCUUGUAUUCUCUCCAAGCCCAGGCUGCGACGAGGCGCCAGGCAACAGCUCCAGCUCAUCACAUUGGGACCAGAUUUCCUCUGUCAGCUUCAUCAUCAUAUCCCUCGCCCUGUCCCGGUACAUUUCCGUCAUCUCAGCGUGCUUGCGCCGCACCCAGUCCCUGUCCUCUGGCGUCAAGGCCUCGCGGGCGGCCAUGUAGAAGGGGAAAGGCAGCGAGGAGUCGGGACCGCAGCCUGCUGGGAGGCGGUCAAUGGCGGCAAACAGCUUGCGCCUCAAAUACUGAACACGGUGCGAGGCCGUCGCGUCCCGGAAGACUCUCCGCGCAAGCAGCAGGCAAGAGGUCCAGUACCAGCACUGGCUCAGCGUAUCAAGGUUGUGGUGAUUUGCCUCCAUUUCGGAGGCCUCGUCGAGGAUUUGCGAAGUCUCCCGGGCGCCGGUGGCCAGAUCAUCAGCCAAGUAAGAAGUUUGGGCCAGGAAUGUGAGAACGCGCUGAGGGCAGCCUGUCAACUCCCGAAACGAGGGCUCGGAGCUGUCGAUGCCAUCACACGGCUGAUACAGGGCGAACUCGGGAGGGGCAAUAGGCUUUCGGCGGCGAAGAAAGGAGAGGAGGACAUCGAUUAUGGCGAAUCUCUGGACCAGAAACCGGGCGUAGUAGCUUUCCGGUAG